UUGCGCCGCCGAUGAUUCUGUGGCAGUGGAAGUGUACGGCGGGGGGUCUUGCACCCCUGAUAAUUCUGUGGCAGUGGAAGUGUAUGGCGGGGGGUCGUACACCAAACAACCAUCGUGGUGGAUAUGUACGGCGGGAUGGCCUAUGGUAAAAAGCUGCCGCCGUAAAGUUGCGCCGCCGAUGAUUCUGUGGCAGUGGAAGUGUACGGCGGGGGGUCAUCGUACCACCAAUGAUUCUGCAGUGGAAAUAUUCUACGGCGGUGGGGUCAUACGUGUACCCCAAACAACUAUUGUGGUAGACAUGUAUGGCGAGGUGGCCUACGCAUUGUACGGCGGUGGGGACGUACGCCAAACAACUAUCAUGGUGGGCAUGUACGGCGGGGUGAAAAGGCUGCCGGAACAGAAUUGGGCUGCUGAUAAUUCUGUGGCGGUGGAGGUAUACAGCGGUGAGGUAGUACGACAUACGGCGGAUAGCGAUCGUGGACUUACUCUCAUGGUUCUGGACCUAUAUAGUAAAAGCACGGUCAAUGAGGUGAUAUCAUUCCUGGUAGGGACGCACCUCACGGAUCUGUCCCCCAAGCCUGGCGCCAGAGUAAGGUUGGGUGAAAGGGAACUCGCGUUUGGGCGCAACUUGCCUUGUGACCUGUACGACCAAUCUUAUUCCUGCCUGAUUUCGAUGCGGCGAACCCAUAAAAAAGAAAAUUUGGCCAUAAAUCGUAGGUUGCCCCCCUUUGGAUCGAUGGGCGAUAUAACUCAUCUUCCACACAUCUCAACCAUGUCUAGCGAUGACCUUGAUGGACGUGUUCUCAUUCCACUUCUUGUGCCAAGCGAAGAACCCGAAACUAUCUCAGAGUGGGCCGCCAAUCUUCUCUCUUGCGUUGAAGACGAGGGAAACUACCCUGAAGACGAUGAAGAUAUUCUCGAUGCUGCUACUCCUUUCACCUUGUUCUCUAUUUUCCAAGAGUCGGCGUCCUCUUAUGCACUGGUGGUACAAGACGACUCAGCUAUUGAUGCGGCUGUAGUUUCUAUGUGGGGAAUGUUGGAGACGAUGGAGAAGGACGCAUGGGCAGAGCUUUUGGACGACCUUCGUAUUCAUUUCCAGGAGGUCUGUGCGUUCUCCCAUGCCCUGGCUACUUGCAACGACAAGAGGCGCUCAGCAGCUCUACUCAAUCAAAAGACGAUCUCAAUAGACAACUUCAAAUCCAAGCUCUUUGAUAAGCUCGAGCACUGCAAGAUUCCUAAGCGUGGUAAGAAGUUGGGACAAGGUACUCGGAAGCGGAAACUCGUUUCGUCCUUUAGUAAAAUUGCCUCGCCCUGCCUCCGAUGCAGUAUUGGUUCUGAUUCCUCCAAGGAAACUGCAAACAAGCUAGGCUCCAGCUUCUGUCAAGAUUUUGACACGAUUUGCAUAGCUAGCGACCCCGAGAGCGAUGAAGAGAUGGAAAUAAUACCACUCGAGCCCAAAAGUACGACCUCCCGUACCAAUCACUUCAAUUCGGUAUUUGAAUCCGAGUCUCCCGGCUCUUCUCAUGUCGAUAAGAGCUAUGAGUCUCAACGAUCCACCUAUGACUUACCAUCUUCCAACACAAAUGGAGACAUUACCUCGAAAGCGCAUAGUGCUGAAGCUCGAUCCACCGGUCACAAUAUCACCACCUCUACGACGAUUCCACCGCCUCCCUGGAGCGAAAUUGGUGCUUCUAAGCCAUCUCUCCCUGAAGUUCAGACUGUCAGCACCGAUCUUGCCAUGUCUGUGACAAAUCCUCCAUCUUCCUGGGGUGAAACCGGUGCUUCUAAAGCGACCAGCUCUGACACUCGGGCCGUCGGCACUGAUCCUGCCACCUCUGCGAUCAAUCCUACAUCUUGCUGGGGCCUACCAUUCGCUAACCCCAACUCUUUCUCGGUUUCCAACGGUAAUAUGCGUCCCGCUCUAGAAUGGAUGCAAGCGCCUAUCUUGAAUAGUACAAUAUCUCCUGUAUCCUCUUUUGGGACGAAUGCAUUUUUUCCCAGUAAUCUCACGAACCCUCAACCCCCUUCCAAUUUCCUUCUCAAUACGCCACAAGGGCGUGCAUUUGCCCAGUUCCUUGGUAUGCCCCAGACAUUCCCUGAUCCCUCAUUCUAUCCAUCCCAAAUUGGCAUGUCUACAUGA